AUGGAAGGCAUCGGGUCUUCACCGGAGACGAUUGACGUCGCGGGACCAGCCAUAUUGCCGAACCAGCCCGUCCCGGAACAGCCGACGACGGCGCAGCGCAAAGCCGGGAAACGUGAUCGUGUUGCACUAGCUUGUCAGAGAUGCAAGACGAGGAAGCAGAAGUGCGAUGGUCAGCGUCCGAGCUGUCAGUCUUGUGCUAGACUGUCCCUGAAAUGUGUAUAUAUCGUCCCUCUCGUACCCGCUGCGGGCGAAAAGAAGUUAUACAUCAAGGCUCUCGAGCAACGAGUUGCCGAGCUCGAGUCGGUGCUCGCCUCUCUGGGUCACCUGGGCUCUGGCAAUGAUCAUCUGAGAGGUAGCAUAGCCGCUUUAUCCUCAUCAUCCUCACAGCAGACCAUCUCCACCACUCCGCCUAGUCUAAGUUCCCUUCAAGCUUGCCAAGACGCUGAAGAUGACGGCAAUGACAUCCUUCUUGCCGUUCGAGACCUCUCCCUUUCUGCUUCUGGCCACUACGUCGGUGCUUCAUCGAAUAUCACCAUCGGGCGAGUCCUGAGCUCCAUGGUUCAUAGCCAAAGGGGCCGGCGCCUCAUCACGAGCGACGACCCCACACGCGACGAGGAUGAUCCAGCUCCCAAAUCGGUAUACUCGACUGGAAUGGGCGAAGUGCUCGGCGCACCCUUCAUGACCCCAAGUGUCGCCAACAGACUCCUCGAGGGUUGGUUCAGACAUAUCGCAACGCGUUAUCCCGUUUUGCACUCCGCCCAUGUGCUCGAGCUUCAUAAUAACCGUGAUAAUCUAACAGAUCCCUAUGAUCAAGGCAUUCUCCAUCUGGUCUACGCUGUCGCUGGCCGAUGGCUCGAAUCUGCUGGUGAAAUGGGACACUUCUUUAGUGACCAGCAUUACGAUGUUGCGUUUCAAUUCAUGGAUGAUAUACUUCCGCUGCGGGAUUCGCGGACGGUCGACUAUCUUUUACUGAUGGCUCUGUAUUGCACGAGAGCUCCUCGCGAUCCAGGUGCCUGGACAUAUGUCGGAUCCGCCAUGCGUUUGUGCAUAGAAUUGGGCCUACACCGCCGAACGAGACGACAAAUGCCGAGUGUUCAAGGCGAAAUGAGCAAGCGGCGUUUUUGGACAGCGUACUUUUUGGAUCGUGACAUAUCCAUCGCUAUUGGGAGACCGCCAGGUAUUUCUGAUCACGACAUCGACACAGACUUGCCGUUGGACAUCAGUGAGGAUACGAAUAGCGACGAAUAUGUCCGCCAAGCAUCAUCACACGUAAUGAACAUUCCAACGACCCCGUCAAACUCAUUGACCUCGUUCAUUCAUCGACUGAGACUUAAGAGGAUCGAGUCCGAAAUCCAGCAUGUGGUUUAUCGAGUGGAUCAACCGAGCAAAAUUCCUGAUGUUAUCGUGAACGCAUUCCUGGAUCGACUCGACAACUGGAAAAAUGCCAUACCUCUCGAAGCCCGCAACUUUGUUCACAAACCGAACACGGCAUACGAUGGUCUCGAAUUUUACACCAUUCACUACCACCGCUGUGUUCGGUUCCUCCUUUAUCCGCAACUUGACGAAAACCCUAUUAACAUGCAAUACUUGAGGCUCUGUGCCGAUGCCUGUUCCGGCAUCAUCACUGACUACCGAAGUCUGCAUCAAGUCUUCCCUGUUGGGUUUUCAGCAUUGAGUAUUCAGUCGGUUUUCCUGGCUGGCUUGACCUUGAUAUACUGCGCGUGGCUAGCGCCCCCCCACUACCUGAGUGUCGAAAAUUCACUCACAGACUGUCAACUGUUGUUGUAUAUCGUUACUGAGCGCUACCCAUCGGCGCGCAAGUACCGAGAUGUAUUUGAACGCAUCAAAAGAACCAUCCUUGAUCUUAUUGCCCAAGGGAAACACGAACCCCGAAACCCCGUAAGCCUGGAGCCUCCUGUUCAAGAAAGCUUCGCAAAUCUGUCGGGACACUGGGGUCAAGGGAUGGGCGCGGACUUUUCCUACAUGUUGGGGCAAAUGACCGGCAAUGUAGCAUCGACCCCACCAUUCGACCUCGUAAUGGAUCCCACGGCGCCAUCUAUCAUGGGGACGAACAUACAACAGGCGGCGGACAUGGGUCAGUAUCAGUUGUGGCCAGGAAUGCCACAAGUUCCCGAUGGAAUGGAUUCCAUGAGUGGGGCUUACCAAUGA